CAUAUCCAGACCGUUCACGCCAAAACUGCGAGGGCGAUGGCCGACGCUGGGGAUCCGAGUGACGAAGAGGACGUCGGUCCAGACACCGGACCCGUCAUUUUGGAGCUGAAUCAAGCCGACAGGAGGCAACUGUGGUUCAUCGAACCUUCCACGGAGUUCCGCGAUGGAUGCUUCCGCUUCAGGAACGCCUACGCCUCUGGCUACCUCUACGAGGAUGAGAUGUACGGGGUGCAGAUGAAGUACGUGGAGCAGGAGGAGCGCAGCCAGAACUGGGUUCUGCAAUUCGACCCAUCCGGACGUCCAAAUGUUCCGCUGAUUCACACUCAGUUCAGGAUCAGCAACUUGGCGUACAAGAAGGUCAUUCACGCCAAGUUGAAGGACCAGAAGGGCAUCAUCGGCCUGCAGAACAAGGUGACUCAACAAAAGGAGCAGGUGUUCAUGCUCGUACCGUCGACACGGAAACCGGGAGUUUACCUCAUGCGCAGUUUGUACACGGACCUCUGCGUCUCUCAGGGUGCGACGUCCUCUCAAUCUGACAACGGCAAACUCAGCCUGAUGCCACUCAGUCACGGUGAUAUGAAACAGGCCUGGAGCCUCGUCCCAUCCACCAUUCAGCCGGGAUUCUACCGAUUGCAGAACGUCGCAAGCGCUGAGUUCGUCAUGGUUAUCAUGAAAAAGUCAAGCUAAGUCCUUCGAACGGACGCAAAUCCGGAACUCAAUGUACAGUGUUGGGAUUUCUUUGGCGCAUGAGCCGGUCCCUUUGGUCGCUGCUGCUGGCGACCGCGGCCGGGGAUACGAUCCUUCGAAGAAACACUGGGCUGGGAC